AUGAAGAGAUCGACGCGCGCCUCCGCUGCGCGAUCGAUUCCAGUCGCGCCGUCGUCCUCCACGAGAUAUGACCGUCCCGCCCAGCAACAAGCCGCGUCGACCACGGCCCAGGCCAUGAAUGCGCCAAAGAAGCGCAAGCAGAGAGAGUUCGAGUCGGACGCGACAGAUCAGCAGACUUUCAUACGGGCGGUGGUCAGGUGUCGGGCGCGCAACGAGAGGGAGCGUCGGGAAAACGACAAUGUCGUCGUCUCCACCCAGAACGCCCUGGGCGACACGGUGCAGCUGUCUCUCGGCUCACACUCGCUCAGCGGCAAGAGCUACCAGUUUGACCGCGUUUUCUCCACGGCGGCGGACCAGGUCAUGGUGUUUGAGGACACUGUGAAACCCAUGUUGGACGAGAUGCUCGCUGGUUUCAACUGCACAAUCUUCGCUUACGGACAGACUGGCACGGGAAAGACGUACACAAUGUCCGGAGACAUGCAGACGACGGCAGGGAUGCUCUCGGACGAUGCUGGUAUUAUUCCUCGAGUCCUCCAGCGGCUCUUCGACAAGCUCGAGUCUACCGAGAAAUGCAUCAAGAUUUCUUUCAUCGAACUGUACAACGAAGAGCUUUCUGAUCUCGUCUCUGUGGACGAUGCGAACAAGCUGAAGAUCUACGACAACACUACGCAGAAGCAACACGGCGCCACAAUUGUGCAGGGCCUGGAGGAGAAGCACAUUCAGAACGCGGCCCAAGGCAUCAAGGUCCUCCAAGACGGGAGUCUCAAGCGCCACGUCGCAGCCACAAAGUCCAACAACCACAGCAGUCGAAGUCACACCAUUUUCACCAUCACAGCGUACAUGCGCCGGACUGGGGGAAACGGCGGGGAGGAAUUCAUUCAAUGCGGCAAGCUGAAUCUGGUGGACCUGGCGGGCAGCGAGAAUAUUCAGCGGUCCGGCGCCGAGAACAAGCAUGCUGCCGAGGCAGGCUUGAUCAACAAGAGUCUUCUCACGCUGGGGAGAGUGAUCAAUGCUCUCGUCGACCGCAACCCCCGUUCCCACAUCCCGUAUCGGGAAUCGAAACUCACUCGUCUACUGCAGGACUCGCUCGGCGGACAGACCAAGACGUGUAUCAUCGCCACAAUCUCACCCACCAAAAGCAGUCUGGAGGAGACCAUGUCCACACUGGACUACACCUUCCGCGCAAAAAAUAUUCGGAAUCAGCCCCAGUUGAACCGGUUCAUCAACAAGGAGAUGUUUCUUCAGGAUCUGGCAAAUGAGUUGGAAAGGCUCAAGGCGGAGCUGGUGUGCCACCGACAACGAAGUGGCGUGUACCUGUCCAACGAGACGUACGAGGAAGUCAUCGCAACCAGCGAGUCACGGCGGAUCGAGCUCGCUGAGCACUCGGCAAAGAUCAAAACACUGGAAGGAAACCUACACAACAAGGCACACGAGCUGCUCAACCUGUCCACGUCGCUCUCGAGCCUGCAAAAGGACCACACAAGCCUGACUGCGCAGCUGGGUGACGCAGAAGAUGCCGUGCGCCAGACGGAGAAUGUCCUUGCCUCGACGCGGGAGACACUGGCCGAAGAGUCUCGCCUGCGGAAAGCCCAUCAAAGUACAGAGGCAGCUCUGACGGGGGUCGGUAAAAGGCUCAUCUCGACACUCAGCUCGGCCGUUGAUGACGUGGAUGGGCUGCAUGCAAAAGCCCACACGAAAACGCGCGAGGCUGAGCAAGACGUGGUCGCUCUGCAAGACGUCCAGUCACACCAUGCAUCGACAGUGCAGGAUCGACUACGGCAUGUAACCGAGCUCCAGUCGGCCGAGGUCAAGUCCACCCGGGCCCUUCUCGACUUGAAUCUAUCCCUUCUCAAUGCUUCGAGGGAGGGUAUCCUGGAUCGCAACUCGAAAGACACCAUGGACGAGGCUCUCAAGCAGAUCCAGAUGCAGGGGCAACUUGCAAAGCAGACACUCGAGCAAGGCUCCCUUUCCAUGUCUGCGGCCGCCCAGAAGGGGAUAGGAGGCUUGGUCUUGGAGAUGGAUGCCACGCAGAUACGGAUGCAGCAAUCUUGCCGCAAUGUCCAAGCCAGCAUCACGUCUUCUUUCGAGGAGUUGAUGGAGCAUUCCAGCAGCCAGAGAAGGGAAGCGCGGCAACACAGGCAGCAGAUGCAUGAUUCCGUGACGGUCGAACUGGGCAGGAACACGGCGAUGCUGGAGAGGAUGGAUCAGCUCAUGGCCGAUGAGCGGGAGCAGAGAGACCUCGAGAAACAGGAGCUCAUGUCUCAGAUCGCCGGCCUGCUCAGCGCGCAAUCCGAGAGGCAAGACGCGCGCUUGAGGGAGAAGGUGGCGACGCUCAAAAACGACAUUCAAACCUCUAGCACUGCCAUCGACCAGAGCGUAUCCCAGUACGACGGCGCGAUGGAGAUCUGGGACGCGGAAGAGUCCCAGUCGUCGGAACGACUGCAAAGAUGUCAAGAGACUCUCAACACGGGGAUGCAGGAGAGCAUAGAUGUCUGGAGCAGCCACAUCACUGCCGCGCGCACCGCGGCUGAGGUACUGGCCACCGAGAUGGAGGACCUCACGGAGCAGCAUGUUGCCGGCCUCGAUGCUCAUAUGCAACCGGCGGAGGAUGCCGUACACCGUGCGUUGCACGAGAAUAGCCGUCACCACGAUGCGAUUGUCAAGUCUGUUCAAGAAGUGUGCAGGCAGGUGGAGACGUCGCAUCAGACACUGUCGGAACGUGGCGAUGCCAUGCUUGCCAGGAUGCAGGCCCUGAGUAUGGAGGUCGCCGCCAGGACACAAGAUGCCAAAGAGGGGGCCACCAAGAGGGCAGACGCUCUCAACGCAUCUCUCCUGGCCUUGAGAGAGGCCUUUGUGCACACUGAAUUCAAAGAGUACCGGCCUACAGGAGACACGCCGAGGAAGGUCGUAUACCGCUACGAGACUGAACUCCCUCGGACAAUAUCUCACAACAACUUGAACCAAUCCGGUGUCGCCGCGAGCUCCGAGAGUUCCGAUGAAGAUGCAACAGACUCUGAGGCGGCGGCGGCUGAGAUGGAAGAAAGGUCCAAGGUCGAAGAAGAGAGUGUAGAAGAAGAAAAAGGGGUGCAAGAUGCAGUGGACGAUGCGCUGGAAGAGCAGCAGGAGUCCUCCAUCCCCAUCUUGCAAGAGCUGGAUGCUAACGUCAGGAGGAAUGCAUGUGCGGACACGACGAUUCCUGUGAUGAAGCGCACUGCCAGCUCUACUCAACUGAGUAGACCGAGAGCGAAGCAGGUGAGGAGGUGA